CUCUUCCAGGACAAGAACGCCCGUCCUCUGGCUCUAUCAGGACAUGUUGGGUUCGACAGUCUGCCCGAUCAACUGGUCAACAAGUCCACUAGUCAAGGAUUCUGCUUCAACAUCUUGUGCAUCGGUGAAACUGGGAUCGGUAAAAUUCCACGCUGAUGGACACGCUCUUCAACACCAACUUUGAGAUUUCGAGUCGUCCCCAUUUUGAGCCGAAGUUUGAAGUUAGUCGAGCGCAGACGUACGAUCUUCAGGAGAGUAACGUUCGUCUGAAGCUCACCGUGGUUAAUACUGUCGGCUUCGGCGAUCAGAUGAACAAACAGGAGAGUUACCAGCACAUAGUGGAUUACAUCGACACACAGUUCGAGUCGUACUUACAGGAGGAGCUGAAGAUCAAGCGCUCGCUCCAUAACUAUCACGACUCCAGGAUCCACGCGUGUCUGUACUUCAUCGCUCCGUCUGGACACUCGCUCAAAUCUCUGGACCUGGUCACUAUGAAGAAACUGGACAGCAAGGUCAACAUCAUCCCCGUCAUCGCUAAAGCCGACACCAUCUCCAAGAGCGAGCUGCACAGGUUCAAGAUCAAGAUCAUGAGCGAGCUGGUCAGCAACGGCGUGCAGAUCUACCAGUUCCCCAUCGACGACGAGACCGUGGCCAAGAUCAACACCGCCAUGAACGGUCAUCUUCCCUUCGCCGUGGUGGGCAGCACAGAGGAGGUGAGCAUCGGGAACAAGAUGGUGAAGGCGAGGCAGUAUCCGUGGGGCGUCGUGCAGGUGGAGAACGAGAACCACUGCGACUUCGUGAAGCUGCGCGAGAUGCUGAUCUGCGUCAACAUGGAGGACCUGCGCGAGCAGACGCACACCAGACACUACGAGCUCUACAGACGCUGCAAGCUGGAGGAGAUGGGCUUCAGAGACACCGACCCCGAGUGCAAACCCGUCAGUCUUCAGCAGACGUACGAGGAGAAGCGGCAGGAGUUUGUGGGUGAGCUGCAGAGACGAGAGGAAGAGAUGCGGCAGACGUUUGUGCAGAGAGUCAAAGAGAAAGAGGCCGAGCUGAAGGACGCCGAGAGAGAGCUGCAGGGGAAGUUCGAGCAGCUGAAGCGAAUGCAUGCGGAGGAGAAGAGCAAGCUGGAGGAGAAGCGCAGGAGUCUGGAGGAGGAGAUGAGCGUCUUCAGCAAACGCAAAGCUGCCACCGAGCUCCUGCAGGCGCAGGCCUUCAACACCAGCACCAACAACAAGAAGGACAAAGACCGCAAGAACUCUGGAUUCAUGUGAAGGCGAGGCAGAAAAAAGCAUUACGGUACUGUAUCACGGACACCUCUGAAGAACACACGUCUUCAACUUCACUUCGGUGCCUUAAAACAAAUGAUUUCUUAUGAGCACAAUGCAGA